AUGGAGCCGCCUGGGCUGGCCGACGUCGCCAUCAUCAUCAACGACGCCCAUCAGCUUCGAAACGGGGUGGUGUCCCAGCCCCUAGCUGUCGGUGGUCUCUAUUAUGCCAGGCAGAUAAUGCCCAUAGAUCUGUCGGACAUGCCAGCGCAACCGCAAGUUGGCAAACGCAGGUCGGAUUGGGCAAGCAGUGCCACGGGGUGCUCGACUUCCUUUGACAACUUCGAUGAUCGAACGGUAUAUUCCAUGUCGACCGCGCCUCCUCGGCGAGGGCCCGUGGGGCAAUACCAAUAUCAGCAGCGUCCAGACAUCCCUGUGCCUGCCUAUGCGUGGCCCCAAUCGUGGCCGGAGCUGGAUGCGGCGGCGCCGGAGCCUGGCGGUGACAUGAUCCUCAUGGGCCUCCCCUGCGAAUUCCAUAAUUUCUCGGACUGUUUCAUUGAGUACGCCUUUGACCAAGUUGAGCAGUGGAUACAACACAUCGCGGACGACCACCUGGGCCAUCGAUUUCCGAGAGAAAGUCGAUGUUGGUUCUGCGACGCGAAAUUCGUCGCCGCAACAAACCACCGUACUGAAAAGUCGUAUGUCUUCCGUGAGCGCAUGCUUCAUAUUGCGGAGCACCUUGAAAAGGGCGUGACGGCCGCGAGUAUCCGGCCAGACUUUCCAUUGCUAGACCACCUUUGGGAAUACCGCAUAAUCGACAGGGCGACAUUUCAGUGGGCCAAGGGACAAAGCGAGCCGAUCCCGAUGCCCCGGGACAUGACAUUCAGCCCCCCCGAGGCCGCGCCGCCUCGAGGUGAGACUUAUCUGGAGGAACGGCGGGCCCGGCAUCACCACAAAAGGUCAACGCACCACAAGACACGCGGUACGAAGUGA